AAAUACCCGGAAAUGACGCAGUGUUGUUGUUAGUCCAGGAAGAGCAUACGACGUACCGCUGAACUGCGUCAACAGUCACUUUUUAUGGUACAUAACAAUUGUGGUCGUCGUUCAGCAUGGCAAGUGGCCAUUGUUGACUGACUGAUGGCGCUGAUCGCGGACGGGCCUUUAGUAGACAACACCAUGGACACAUCAAACUUUGCCCACGUCAUCUUCCAGAAUGUAGGCAAGAGCUACCUGCCUCAUGCUGCACUGGAGUGUCACUAUACCCUCACACAGUUCAUCAAGCCACACCCAAAGGACUGGGUUGGCAUCUUUAAGGUCGGCUGGAGCACAGCGAGGGACUAUUAUACGUUCUUGUGGUCCCCCCUUCCUGAGAACUACGUCGACGGCACCGCAGUCAACAGAACAGUGGUCUUUCAGGGAUACUAUGUGCCCAAUGACGACGGUGAGUUCUAUCAGUUCUGUUAUGUGACCCACAAAGGGGAGAUUCGUGGAGCCAGCACACCGUUCCUAUUCCGGGCCAAUAGCCCCUCUGAGGAGGAGCUGCUCACUGUGGAGGAUGACUGCAACUCUGACAUCCUGGUGGUCACCACCAAGGCGGGCUUUCUUGAGCAAAAGGUGGAGGAAGCCCAGCGAGUGAAAGAUGAGCUGGUGAAAAAGGUGGCCCUGCUGCAGCAGGAGAUGGAGCAGCUGGAAUCGUCCAAGGAGAGCAUCCAGAAGGCGUGCGAACAGGAGGAAGAGAACUGCGCCCAGCUGAAAAGACAGAAUCAAGAGUUGCAGAAUUCUUCCAAGGUCCUGCAAGAGGAGAAGGAGGAAGUCAAGAGGAGGCUGGAAGAGGCCACGUCCAGAGUGUUACAGCUGGAGGAAGACCUUAUUGGAGUCACCCAGAGAGGCCUACAAAAGGAAACCGAGCUGGACUUCCUGAAGGACAGAAUGAAGAAACUCACAGCAGAGAAAGAAACACUUGAGUCUCAACUCAACAACGAGAAAGAUGAGAAGGAACUCUACAAGAUUCACCUGAAAAACCGUGAGCUGGAGAACACUAAGCUUAGUGCCGAGCUGCAGAUGAUGAAGUCGGUGGACGUUAACAAAGACAACGCGAUUGCUCAGUUUAAAGAGGAGGUGGGACGCCUGCAGAUUUGCCUUACUGAGAAGGAGAAACAGUACACAGAGGUCUUGGCCAAAGUUUCCCACUUGGGAGAUUUAAAGGCCUUGAAAGAGCAGCUACGUCAGAAAGAGGAGCAGCUCCAGGCCAACCAGCAGCAGUCGACCAUGCUGGCCGCCGAGUUGAGGGAUGCGUCGAGCGCCCGCGACCGCACCAUGUCUGAACUGUAUCACAUGAAGCUGGAGGCCGACGCCCUGCGGCAGGCCAAAGCCGAGGGUCGGGCUCACUGUGGCCGCCUGGAGAGCCUGGUGGAGCAGAUGAAGGCAGAUGCCAAGCUGCAGGCUCAGGCCAAAGCAGAGGAAGUCUGUACAGACGUGACUGUUGUAGCAGAGCUGCAGAGAGAGGUGGAGGACCUGAAGCUGCGUCUGCACAUGGCCGCUGAGCACUACAAGGAGAAAUACAAGGAAUGUACUCGGCUGCAAAAACACCUGCUCAAACUGUCUGAACAGCAAGGGGAGCUGAAGAGAAACUUGGCACAAGAGCUGACAACAGUGCCUGCAUCAGUGAGUCCAGACAUAUCUGUUCCAGCCUUCAUGGUCCUCUCAGGGAGUCCUCGUUCUGCAGAUCCCAUGCUGGAGGCCAUCAGCAGAGAGGCUCCUGACAGGCAUUUGAAAUACAGGAAAUACAAGCAGUUGUUGAUGGAGGAGAAGGAGCGCAGUGACAUGAUGCAUGAUGAGCUUGCCAAGAUGGGGGUGAAAGUGAAAGAGCAGCAGCAGAUCAGCGAGAAUCUGAAGCAGCAGCUGGAGGAAGACCGCGGCAUGGAGCUCCAGAAGAGCAGCAAGAAAGCAGAGCAGGCGGCCAGCGGGAAAAGCGGUGCAGAGAAUGUUCAGUCCAGCGUGCCUUUAUUCCUGCAGUACCCUGUGCCGUACGCCCAGGAUGCCCCCAACCCUCUCUUGGUCUCUCAGAGUCCCACCAAGCUGCACUUUGGGAACCCAUACUCCUCAGUCUCGGACUCAAAAGACGACGCCGAUGACGAGGUAUUGGACGAGCAGCUGCUUUGCCUCCCCCCUGUGGGGCCGCCCUCCUGGGACAGCAACGUGGUGUGCAUCCAACCCACCCGCCACCACCCGCCCGACGCCCGCGAGGAGUCGGACGAUAAGCCCAACAACAACAACAACAACGUUAAUAUCAACGAGAAGCCCACCGCAACGGAACCCCCCGUCCCAUUGGCGACCUAUGGACAAACCCCUUUUUGCUUUGAUCCCAGCAUGGACAUGAAGCGCUGCCCGCUGUGUGAGCUCAUCUUCCCACCCAACUACGACCAGUCCAAGUUCGAGGAGCACGUGGAGAGCCACUGGAAGAUCUGCCCCUUGUGCAGCGAGCAGUUCCCGCUGGACUGCGACCAGAAGGCGUUCGAGAACCACGUGCUCACCCACUUCGACGCGCACCAACUCGACUUCGACUAGUUGCCCGCCCGGCCCGACGCUCUCGCUUCGUGCAUGUGACGCUGAUGUGAACAUCCAUCCUGUACCGCUUUCUUUCAUUAACAGAAGCUUGUCAGUAAAUCAAAAUCCUUAUUUUAGUUUUCAACCGGAUCUUCUUUCUUGGCGGGGAAAUUACCAUUUGCAAUUUACAGUUAAUCUUGAAAACCAAAUGUUUAACCUCACACUGUUGAAGAUAUCUAAAACAGAGGUUAGGGAACCUGCGAGAGUAUUUGGAGCGCUUACAAAAAGCCACACGUACUCACAACGUAAUAUAACAACCGAAACAGGUUCCCCACCCCUGCUUUAAAGAAAGCCGUAUAUAUUCCAUGACUACGUGGAAAGACAUUAUAAAGAAUGUUGUCAGAUUUAUUUUAGAAUAAGUAAGCCAAUGAUAUUGUGACAGCCUUGGUACUGUGUGUACAACUCUGGGUUUUUUUCGAUCAGCUUCUGACUAUUUAGUUGGUGAGUCGUUGCAUGUUGUUCAGCUCCUCUGUUUUACUGCUAUUAUUUUCCCCUCAUAUACUUGUUUUAUCUGUUAACAGAAUUAAUAAAGAUCCUUUGAAACAUCA